ACAAGAAGCGUCACGCGUGCUGGCUGCAAGCACCAGGGUGACGGACUUGCUGGGGUCCUCGUGAGGCCCCUGGCAAGAACCCCUGGGGUCUCGCAGCGUUGUGUCAGAGCCAGCAGCUGCCGCAGGAGGUUGGGGAGCCAUCGGAGCUGCCCCCUUGGGUCCAACUGGCGCCGGAGUCGGACCCACUCACCCCGCCUCUCUGCCGCCUUCACCGCCGCCCUCUCCAUGCCGGCCUGCUCACAGCCCACGUGCUCCGCUUUCCCCCCCAUCCAGCCCCUCGGCUUCCCGCCGUUCGGGGAGGCGCAAGCCGGCGGAGUAUGACGGGAAGGUGGCCUGGGAGGCCUAUGUUGCCCAGUUUGAGAUGCUAGCUGCUGCCCAGGGCUGGGACGAGGCUGAGAAGGCGCUGCAGUUGGCAACAGCGCUUCGGGGCCCAGCUGUGGAAGUGUUGGGGCACCUGCCGCCGGCCCAACGUGCCUCUUACGGGAGCAUGGCGGAGACCCUGCGGCGACGUUUCGGACACCACCUUCAGGCCGAGGUGUACCGAGCUCGCCUGAAGAAGCGGACUCGGAAGCGCGGCGAGACACUGUCGCAGCUGGCGCAGGACGUGGAAGCGCUGGUCAAAAGGUCGUAUCCUGCUGCCCCGGAAGAUGUGAUCGUGGUACUGGCCCGCAACUUCUUUGUUGACGCUCUACAAGACCAACAGCUGCAGAUUUACGUUAAGCAGGCGCACCCUGGGGACCUGCAGGUGGCGCUGGCGAGGGCCUUGGAAUUCGAGGCCUUCCUGAAGACGACCAGCGGCCUAGGGGCGGCCGCCCAGCCCCGCCGUGACCUCCGGGGCCGGAAGGCGAAGGUGGAGAAGAAGGCGACGUCGAGGAAGGCGAGCCCGGACGGUUUUCUCGGCUCGUGUUGGGGCUGUGGCAAGAAGGGGCACAUGCGCAGUCGUUGUCCGAGGGAGCGAAGGACGCGUUCCCUUGACCGACUGAGUUCUGACGCCUUUCAGCCUUGCUGCAAGGACUGUGGCAAGUCUGGCCACCGUUCGAGCGCCUGCCCCAAGCCAAAGGAGGUAGUGCAGGCGGGAAACCCGGACAGGCUGGAGAAGGGGGCCGAAUCCCAGCCGUCAGUCCCCGGGCCCCGACUUGCGUAAGCUGCCGCCGGAUAACCAGUGCGAUGCAGGUGGAGGGCUCAGUGGACGGGAAGCCAUGCCGCCUGACAGUGGACACCGGGGCUGAGAAGACCUUGGUGCGGCCUGAUAUGCUGGCCGCCACGCGACUCCCAAACGCGCCACAGAGGCUGUGCG